AUGACUCGUCGCGAGUCCGCGCCUCUCCAAGCGCCUCAGCGCGUACCGGGCGCGACGGAGAAGAUCCGCCAACUUCUCGGUCGGCAUCGCGGAGUGUUUCACGCAGGCCACAGGUACUUAUUCCCGCAAACCAUAAACCCUGAUCUCGCUCUCGAGAAGCCCUCGAGAGGUGUGGUCUCCCGCCUCCUUGCAUACGCGGCCACGAAAAGGAGCCUGCGCGAGGCGCGUAAUGUGGUGGAUUCUGCGCGUGCGGCGGUGCGAAUUGGAGCAUCUCCGAGCGCCGCUGCGCUUCUGAGGCGGAGACGGACGAGCCGCGCCAACAGCACCCAGCAUGCGUCUCUCGCCUCCGCGUUGGCGGAAGCCGACUCGGAGCUCGAGGCGCUUCUCUCGCUCGGACUUCCUCAGCGUUGCUUCGCACCCUCGAACACGGUCCAGGAGACAUCGCGCGAGGCCGCUGCGCCGCGACCGCCCGCAGCGACGGAGACUCACGCGCGCGGCGUGCUUCGUGCGGCGGCGGCGCCUGAGAACCCCGAAAAGGGGCGCUCGCCGGCGGGGGCCUCGCGGUCGCUGCUGGAUGGCCUCAAAGCGGGCGACGAAGCACCGUGCUCGGACCGGCGUGCCGGUGACAAGGAGGAAGCGCGUAGCCUCCCUCACGGAGACAGCCAACGCCUCACAAGCCUCGCGGCAGUGCCGCCUCCCAGGCGUCGGUUAGAAGAAGGCGAAGUCUUUGUGCAGGCGCGACGCGCAUCCGCCUUCCCGCGUCUCUCGCGCACGUCGACCUUGUCCGCUUCGCUCCGGCACGCCUCAGAGGCGGGCGACGCUUUUCGCGAUCGUUUCGUGCCGGCUCAUGACUCCGUGCGUCGUCUGAUUGGGGAGCCUGACCGCCCAGAAUCUCUGGAUCCGCCUCUCAGUGCCGCUCGACCGCGAGAGACUAACGAUCGAAGAGGCGCCUUCAACCGGCAAGACUCAAGGCCGAGCAGCGACCUCGAAUGCGGAAAGGCGACAGUCGCUGCAGCGGCAGCCGCUGAGGCCGCCAGAGGCGCAGCCGCCGCAGAGGCCGCGGCCGCAGCAGCCGCCGACGCCGCGGCAGCUGCGGAGGAACGGGAGACGUCGAAGGACUUGCAAAUUGAACAGCUGAGAGCGGAGAACCGGAGACUGCACAUCGAAGCUCAACUUCUGCAACAACGCCUCCACUCUGAACUGCGCGCGUGCGAAGCCGCGAGAAAGCGCGUAUUGGGCGCGGAGCGGGCGCAGUGGGAAGCGGAAAAAAACCGCCUCGAAAUCCAGAAUCGUCGUCUGCAUGACGAAGUCACUCGGCUGGAGCGCCACCAGGAAGAAGAAAGCCGGAGGGUCGCUGCCGUCCUGCAAGCUCUGGACGAAGAACGGGAGCAGGAGAGGAAGCAGUCCGAACAGCGGCUGUCCGCUGUGCUGACCGAGGAAGAAGGAAAGCGGAAGGCAGCAGUGGAGGCAGCGGUGCGCGACGCCGACAAAAAGCGGAUCGCGGAGGUGAAGGAGCUCGAGAAAAAGAGACGGGCGGAGGUAGAAGCCUUGAAGGCGACGCAGCAGGAAGAACUUGCGAAACAGAAGCAACAGGUUGCCACGCAGGACGACAUUUGCUCUCUUCUUCGUCACGUCGAGUCUUCCGCGGAGACGAUCAAGCUGAUGACGGAGCGCCUGGGACGAGACUCCACGCACGACCCGUCGCAGCUAACUUCUCAGAUAGCGGAGCGUGAGGCCACUUUGAAGACGAUGCAGGAGGAGUUGAAGAGGCAGCAGAAACAGACCGCCGACCAGCACGGCGCCCUCGUCGCUCUCUUGGGCGACUUCCAGAGACAGCAGAGAGCUAGCGAAGAACGGCGCCGGCGCGAGCGAGACAGACUCGACGCGGAGCGCGAAGCGUUGCGGCAGCUGCAGCAGACACUCAGCACCGCCGAAGAGGAUCAGCGGAAAUCGCUGGAGGAGCUCAAGGCGACGAUUGCGGAUGAAAAGCGCGAGUUGGUGUCGAGGCUUCACGCGAAAGAGUUCGAGUUGAAGGAAAGGGAGCAGAGACUGGAGAUCGCCCAGCGCCGCGUCGAGAACGAGAGACGGGCCGUCGACGCCGCGGCGAGGGGAGUAGAAGAGACGCGCGCGAGGGCAGCGGCCAGACUGCGAGAAGUCGAAGGCGAGGUGUUUGAAGAGCGCCGGCGCGCACUGCGCGAGUUCGACGCGCUCGAGGAGGAGAAGCUUGAGCUGCGAAGGAGUCAGCAGCAGCUCGCUCUGCUCCAGGCAGAUGUGCAGCGGAGACAACGCGAAAUGGACGAGGAGGGCCGGAAGACGCAGGCGCUUCUCCGCGAAGUCGAAGAUAGAGAGGCGGAGAUCUCGAAACGCCAUGCGGAGGCGACCGAGGCACGGGCUCAGGCAGAACUCCGCGCGCGAGAGGCCGAGCAGGAGAAGCGCAGUUGCGAAGAGAAGCUUCAGCAGCUUCAGGCCCUAUCGAGGUCGCUUCAGAAGGAGCAGCUCGAUCUGCUUCGCCUCGAAUCGCGGCUGCUCGCGCCUGCGGCGCCAGCUGCCGUGCCGCCGGUCCCACUGCCUCCGUCCUAUCCGGCCUGCCCUGGUAGAGUGACUAGCGCCGACCCGCUCGCCCUCCACCAUUCGCGCUCUGUCAACUUGACGCUGUGCGCUAAAACCGCGGCAGCUCGUCCCCCUCUCCGCUCGCAGUCUGCUUCCUUCUCGUCAGCCUCUCUCUCGCCCCGAUGCGCCGCCCAGCCUUCGUUUCCUCUGUCGGCUUUGUUUCCUGAGUCGGGCGCUCACAGCGCCUCUGCGGGGGUCGGCACGGCCUCGUUGGAGCCCGACAUACUGCGUAGUUCAGGCGACAUCGCGGGACUUCGCGCUGUGGGUCGCCCGCCCGUUGCCUUCGCCAACGCUCAGGAGCCUCCAUCGCUGGCUCUGUAUCGCCGCGCCGCGCCGGCCUCCCCGGACGAGUCAACGAUUCUCCCGCCAGUCAUCCUGCAGGCGUUUCUGCGCACGCGGUCGAGCGUGAGUGCUCGCAGCUCUGCUGUUUCCACCGCCCAGGCCCCAACGAGCCAGGGCGGCUCGCUCGCUCCCAGUGCGGCGGACUCAGGGUUUCCGUCUUCCUGUCCUUCGCGCGUCUCGUCUGUGGCGCCCUUCUUCGCGCUUAGCCCCUCAAACAGCGCGCUGCGCCUAAGCUUCCAUCCCCGAGCGCAGCACGCGGCUCGCGGCGCCGAUGAGCCCGAGCGCGGGCGCGCCGCGCCAAGCGCUCGGGCGCGAAGGCGUUCAUUCUGUUUAGGGGACGAAGGGCACCGAGGCCUCGCUGACCAGCAUGCGGCGGGAGUCGGUAGGCGCCUGUCGUCGUCGCCUGGUGCGCGCGAGAGGGAGGGAAGAGCUGCGCAGCCCGCGGCGAGUUCUGAGAGGAGCUUGCUCUCCAGGCUUGAGUGCGCAACCGCCAGACUGAAGCAACCGAGGCUGGCGACGCCGUGCGCCUCGGGACGAAUAAACGACAGUGAGCCGGAAGGCGAGACAAACGGUCGGUGGCAACGAGGAGGCUGGGAACGCCCCGAAGGCGCUUUCGGGCUCUGGCGCGCAGUGGAGGAAGAAGCCGCGCGAGAAGACUAUGCGGCAGACGGGCGCGCAGAGGGAGAGAUGGCAGUAGGGGGCCUCAGUGCAGGUAGAGCGGACAGUGGAGACAUAGAAGAAGAAAACCAGUUCCGCAGAAGCAGAGACGCAGAGAGCGAGCACGAAGGCGGAAUUGAAAGUAGGGCUCAGAGAGGCGUGUCCGCCGCGCGCGCGAGGGAGGAGCGACAAGCCAUGCGAAUCCUUGAGUGCAACGACCAGACGCAAGGAGGGUUGUUCGACUCCCGCGAGUUCGGGGAGCUCGCGGACGCCUCUCAGGCCCUCGCCGCGCGCCAGCAAGUACUCAGUGCGCGCGUCGAAAGUCGACGCGGCUACAUGAGGUGUCUGGAAGAGAUUUUUGAGCAGCAGUGGUAG